GCGGGGAGUGGCUCUUGAGGAGAAGAGCGAGAAAUUGGAUCAUCUGGAGAAGAGCCGUGUGUUCACCAUUAUUGCUUGCUGCGCACACGGAGGAGAGGAGCACGUUGCAGUUGGCGAAUAGUGGUAGUACUACUGCUCCGGUAGUUAAUGUUGACACACCCUCUCUCUCAAUCAUUCAUCGCUCCGCCCCACUCCUCACUCCCUGCCCCCUGCCCUCCCUGCCUCCAUUACUCGCCUAGCGUCUCUCCCAGCUGUCUCCAUUAAUCACCUCACUGGCCGCUGCCCAGAUCUUCUGCCAACGCCGCGCCCCUCCUUCUCAGAUCCAAUCCAAGCGCAGCCUCCCUCCUGCUCAGAUCUCCUCCAAGCGCCGCCGCCCUGCUUCCCCUUACCCUUCCUGCCGUGCUUCGUCCCUGCUAGCUUCUCCAUGGCGACACGACGGUGAGGGCAGUGACAGCACAGCUGCAGCCGCGACGGCGGCGACGACGACGACGAGGAGUACUCAAACUUUGAGUGGCACAUAAGCUCUUCUCCUCUGGGUUUGCUUGCUUCUAUCCAUCCGGUAUCAGCAAAAGGAAGCGGAAAUGACGAUGGUCCUGGACGCCUUUGCAUCCUACGUGCAAAACAUGCUCACGGAGAUGGUGAGUGAAGAGGUGCACAUGCUGCUUGGAGUCACAAACGAGAUCAAGAAGAUGGACGUCAAGCUUAAGGACCUCAAGAACUUCCUCGCCGACGCUGACCGGAGAAACAUCACCGACGAGAGCGUGCAGGAGUGGGUGGCCCAGCUCAAGCGUGCCAUGUACGAAGCUACAGACAUCCUUGACCUCUGUCAGCUCAAGGCCAUGGAGCGCGGUCCCUCCACUGCAGAUGUGGGGUGCUUCAACCCCUUGCUCUUCUGCAUGCGGAAUCCCUCCCAUGCCCACGACAUCGGCACCCGCAUCAAGGCGCUCAACCAGAACCUCGACGACAUCAAGGAGCGAAGCGCUGCUUUCAGCUUCAUACCUCUUGGUUCCUCUGAGGAUCCUAGUAGCAAGGUGCAAGCCUCUCGUUCUGGCAAUAAGAGACGUGAGACGUCAGGGGUGUUUGACCGGUCGGCUGUAGUCGGAGAGAAGAUUGAACAAGACACAAGAAAGCUGGUUGAGAUCAUGCUGAGUGAAAAGGAGGGCAACCCCAACAUCAUGGUGUUCGCCGUUGUCGGUGUCGGCGGAAUCGGCAAGACCACUCUUGCCCACAAGGUCUUCAAUGACGAAGCCUUGAACAACAAGUUCCAGAAGACGAUAUGGUUGAGCAUCAACAAGGACUUUGAUGAGGUUGAGUUGCUCAGGACAAUCAUCACGCAAGCGGGGGGAGUACAUUGUGGUCAUAAGGCGUUGGCUGUGCUUCAGCCAAUCCUUGUCACUACCUUGAAAGGGAAGAAGCUAUUCCUGGUGCUGGAUGAUGUGUGGAACCAUGGGGCGUGGGAUGAUGUGCUUAAAACACCCUUGGCUAAUGUUGUGGCUCCAGGUAGCCGAGUCCUCGUCACUACUAGAGAUGAAAUAGUAGCUCGAAUGAUGAAAGUGGUGCUUCCCUACCACCAUGUGGACAAAUUAGAUGAGGAGGAUGCCUGGUCAUUGCUCCAGAAACAGUUCAACUGCUUGCAGAUAAUCUCAAGUGAGAAUGAUGGACGUGACAUUGAUAUGCUCAAGGACAUUGGGUUGCAAAUUAUAGCAAAAUGUGAUGGUUUGCCUCUUGCAGUCAAAGUAAUGGGAGGUCUAUUGUGUCAGAAGGACAAAAACCGCCGUGAGUGGGAGAUGGUUCUGGCUGAUUCUGUAUGGUCGAUAUCUGGAAUGCCCGAAGAGCUAAACCAUGCAGUGUAUUUAAGCUAUGAAGAUUUACCUUCUACUGCCAAACAAUGCUUUCUGCAUUUCUCCCUUCUCCCUAAAACUGCAAAGUUUUUUUGCAAUGAAAUCAUUGGCAUGUGGAUAAGUGAAGGAUUUCUUCAUGGGACCUCGGAUGACUUAGAAGAACUCGGACGCAAGUACUAUAAGGAGCUUAUAUUGAGGAAUCUUAUAGAGCCAAAUAUAGAGUAUAUCGAUCAAAAUCUUUGCAACAUGCAUGAUGUUGUACGCUCAUUUGCUCAGUUUGUGGCUAGAGAUGAGGCACUAGCAGCUCACAGUGGGGAAACUAAUAUUGUUAGUAGACUUAGUGCACAUGAGUUUCUUCGGUUAUCUCUAGAAAGCAAAGCAUCAGAAUCAGAUGGGUUAGACUGGAGUUCUUUGCAGGCACAAAAGACACUAAGGGCGCUAAUAUCAGUUGGCUAUAUAAAUAUCAAGCCUGGGGAUUCCUUGGUUCAUUUUCCAUGUCUACGAACUUUAUGUAUAUAUUCUGCACAUGUUGUAGCAUUGCAUGAAUCUUUGCAUGAACUCAAGCACCUGAGGUACUUGUCGUUAAUAAACACGGACAUAUCUAGUCUGCCGGAUAGCAUUGGAAAGAUGAAAUUCUUGCAGUACAUUAGCCUUCAUGGAUGCGAACAAUUUGUGAAAGUUCCGCAUAGCUUUGUAAAGUUAGGGCUGCUAAGGUACCUUAGCUUCAGUGGAACGAGCAUAGAAGGCAUACCUAAGGGGUUUCAUGCUCUAACGAACUUGAGGGUAUUAACUGGGUUUCCAGCCCAGGUGGAUGGUGAUUGGUGCAGUUUGGAAGAGUUGGGUCCUCUUUCUCAGCUCAAGCAUCUUGAAUUGGACGGAUUGGAGAAUAUAACUGCUUCCUCAUCUGCAACAAAGGCAAAGCUUGGCGACAAGGUGCAACUUACUAUUCUAUUCUUAAAUUGUGGUAGUAUACUGGGAGAUGAUGGGCUGAUUAAAGAGGAAGAUGGUGUCUCUGAGGAAAAGCAACAACGAAUCGAGAAGGUGUUUGAGGAGCUCUGCCCUCCGCACAGGUUAGAAACUCUUGUCAUCAAGGGAUAUUUUGGCCAAAGGCUACCAUUGUGGAUGAUGUCAUCAUCAGCUGUGCCCCUCAAGAGCUUGAGGAAUCUGUUCAUUACUGACCUAGCUUGCUGCACACAACUUCCUGAUGGCCUUUCUCAGCUCCCCUUUUUAGAGUUCAUUCAGAUCAAUCAUGCUCCAGCCAUCAAACGUAUUGGACCUGAAUUCAUACAGUCCUACCAUCACCACAGUCCCUGUCCUUCCCAGAUGGUGGCUGCAUUUCCGAGAUUGCAUGAGAUGAAUUUAAUAGGAAUGGUGGAAUGGGAGGAGUGGGAGUGGGAGGAGCAAGUGCAAGCCUUUCCUGUCUUGCAGCAGCUUAUGCUAGAGCAGUGCAAAUUGAAAUGUCUUCCUCCUGGCCUUGCCUCCCAGGCAAGGGCUUUGAAUUCGUUAUCCAUAACAUCUGUCCAAGGUCUUGUCUCUCUAGAGAACUUUCCAUCUCUGGUUGAGCUGGAUCUGGAUGAAAUCCUUGACCUGGAGAGGAUCACUAAUCUUCCAAGACUACAGAAGCUUACCAUUGAAGACUGCCCAAAGCUGAAGACAUUGGAAGGUGUUCCUGCACUCCAGAGGCUCAUACUCACGGAUGAAGACAUGAAGACACUCCCAGAAUACAUGGGAGGUAUAAACCCAAGGCAUUUGGAGCUAUAUUGUAGCCUUGCACUGCUCACUUCCAUAGCCGCUGCACAGUCUGGCCCUGAGUGGGACAAGUUCAGCCAUGUUAAGCAUGUCAAAGCAUAUGCAUCUGAAGGAGAUAAUACAAAGAAAUGGUUUGUCUUGUACACAGCUGAUCCCUACAACUUGGAGACAAAUGUCAGCCGUUCUUUCAUGUCCAGAGGAACCUUAACCUCUUUUGAGGACACACAACGAUUUGAGCAUGUCUUCAAAAUGACAAGAAAAACAUUUAGCUACAUCUGCAGCUUGGUGAUGAAGCCGUCAAUGAAAGAUAUGAACAGCUACACAUUUGUUGACGGGAGGGUACUUUCUUUAGAAGACCGAGUGGCCGUUUCUCUGAAAAGGUUGUACUCUAGUGAGCCACCGGAGACCAUAGGAUCCUCUGUUGGUGUGAACGAGUCAACUCUUUUGUUGGUAACUGAGAGCUUCGUUGUGUCUGUGGACAAGCGAGCAGGGCACCAUUCGCGCUGGCCAGACUCCAGCGAAAUGGAUAAGAUCAAAUCCAUGUUUGAAAAGAUCCACAAUAUGCAUAACUGUUGCGGUGUUAUAUGUACAACUCACAUCCCAUUUGGGCCAAACUGGGACCGUGAGAAGAAUGACAGCAUCCUAGUACAGCUCGUCAUUGAUCCAGAGAUGAGGUUCAGGUCCAUUUGGUGGGGACGGAUAAGCAGUAUGAACAUGUUGAGUAUUUUGCAUGAAUCUAAUUUGUUCAAUGAGUGCGAGGAGGGCGGUUACCUGAAUGGCAGCAAGCUGAAGGUGGCAUUAGAUGGAUCAGAAGUCGGGGAAUACAUAAUUGGUGAUGCAGGAUUCCCUCUUCUCCCGUGGCUACUCACACCUUACCAGGAAGAAGACCUCUCAGACUCCAAGGCGGAGUUCAAUAGGAGACACAACGCAGCCACAACCUGCGCUCUGAAGGCGCUGGCAAGGUUCAAAGACACAUGGAAGUACCUGCAGGGAGAGACGUCAUGCCCUGUCAAUCCGGACACACUAGUUGAAACAAUCCAUGCCUGCUGCUACUUGCAUAACAUAGUUAUAGAUAUGGAGGAGGAUGGGGCCAUGCCGAGCAUUGAGGAGCCGGAUGACUCUGAGGAUGAUGCAGCCACGUCGAGCGCUGAGGAGCGGGAUGACUCUGAGGAUGAUGCAGCCACGUCGAGCGCUGAGGAGCCAGAUGACUCUGAGGAUGAUGCAGCCACGUUGAGCGUUGAGGAGCCGGAUGAGUCUGAGGAACUGCGCCAGGUAGCAAAUGAGGAUGCUGUCGUGGCGAGGGAUAUGCUGUCGCAAUACUUCUUGACCACCAUGUCAUCUGAAUCGGGAGCCCGGUGGAUGCAGAGGAGGACCAUGAAGUAGUUGCAUUGGGCUCAGGGGAUGAAGACAAGGAACAAGAAGUGCAGACAAGAAGAGCAGAUGAAGAGAUCGUUAACUGAAAAACAACUUGUUUCUGCCACAUCUUCCAGCUUCAUUCUAGGCACUACUGCUAGCAUCAAGUUUUGUUCUCUUGUUGGUUUGUUAUUUUGAUACGGCACUAAUGUGAAUAAGAAUCUCCGAUCAACUCCGAAAGAAAGGAACUGAUACAACACAUUAUAUACCUGUUAGCUGAGACUCUUAUGCAUUUCACCCUGCAUCAGCAGUUGCUUCAAUUGACGGUCCAUCCAUUUAAUAGCAUCUCUGAAUUGCAAAUGGAGUUAACAGCUACACUCUUGGUGCAAAUGAAAAUUGAUGAUAUAUUUAAAACCUUGAUUUGACCAGGUUGAAGGGAAAGCCCACCAUCCUGCUGGAAGCUGGGAGCUCUUAAAUCCAUGCACGCGAAGCAGCCCAUGCGAUGGAGCCAGAGACGACUCUGAUGCUGCGACAGGAAGUGAAGUUGGGCAUUCUUUUUUAUACUGUACUAUAAUUUCAGCAAAGACAGUUGUUGGCAUGUACUGUAUGUGUUGAAAAAACGACGCUUGUGGCGUAGAAGAUGCAUGGAGACUCUCUGUAGUUCCCAGUCAGUGUACGUCGUGGAGACCCAGGCUCUCUUCUCAUUCAGUUGGUUCCCUUCA